AUGGCGUUGCGGGGGCGCGAACAACCGCCGCGGGAGCCCGAGGGAAGGCAUGGCUCAGAGAGCUCGGGGAAUAAUAGCUGGCUAUCGGAAGACACUGUGAUGGACAACGAGAGCUCCCGACCAAGCCAGAAUCAAACUACGAGUAAUGGCCGCGGUCCUUCCCCGCUCCCAAGCUCCUCAAAUAUGGAACGAUCUGAUUCACAGAGCCGAAAGCCAUCGCCUUCCUUAGGACUACCUCCCGAAUUCUAUACGUCCAUGUUCUCCUGGAACUCCCCCGAUGUCUCCCCGACAGACCAACGUAAAAAUACAGGUUUCGGCAAUCACAGAAAGGCUCUGGCUGUAUUAGGAACCGAUGACCCUGGGCCUCCCCCGACCUCCAAUUCCAGCUCGCGGACGCAUUUAAAUAUCAACAACUCCGACCACUCUCAACAAGAAUCCAUUGCGCCGUGGUCAUCCUCACCGAAAAUGGCGCCCAGCGAUAAUUCUGGCACCUUCUUGAAUGACUUUUCCGAACACGAAGCCUCACCAGCCUCUGCGACAUUUCGACCCAACACAGGACGUACCUAUGCAAGCGAACCUACGGACUUGGAUUACAAUGGGGAUCAUCGAAGGCCGUCUGUUGCUAGCGCUACCACGAUUAGCAGUCAAGGGUCAAAAUCCAGUGCUGGUGGUAGAUUUCGGAAACGACUACAGGGGUUUUUUGGGGAUGAAUACCACACAAACGGAGAACCCAAAGCCGACUCAGAAAGUGUCCACAACCAGAUGUCGAGGCUAGGUUCCAUCGAUCAAUACACAGCUCGUGAAAGAGCUAACUCGGAUGGCUCGCGAAAUGUGUCAGAAAGGUCAGAGGGACCGUCGUCUCAACACCCUUCGAGGCCGCGAACACCUCUUCCCUCCAGUGAAAUUACUCCGUGGGUGUACCAAAGUUUCAAUGACAUUCCGCAAUAUGGAGAAGCCCCUGUCCGCCACGCCCCCACUUCGGCUGACAACCAGCGCAUGGCUGCUCGUAAUGCAGCCAACGCUCAAGCUGGCCCGUCCUCACAAAUGGAUCCAAAUCGAAGACCAUUCAAUGCCCACCGCCAUUCCCGAAGCAAAGAAGAAAGACCGUCUGCUGCUGGUGAUUUGGCUGGGUAUCCAAUCCGUCCGGCAACAGGCCGAGAUGAUAUUUCGGUUGGCCUCCGCCCUUUUAGGGAAGGAAGUCUGGCCUCUACUGCAAUGAGCUCUUCCACCACUCUUGGAGGCCGUUCUACUAGCCCUACUCCAAGUGUUCAAAGCGCCUACUCGCGAGAGCAAGGUCAAAAUUCCCCAGGCGCACAACCAAACAAGCGCUCUAUUCUGGAUAAACUCCGUCGCAAACCUCACGGCCCUCUGAAGCACCUGCCUGGAGUUUCAAAAUCCACACAGGAUCCGGCGAAGCCCUCUUCAAAAUUAGGACGACGAGAAGCGUCUCCCGCUAGACGAGCAAGGCAGGGCAGUCUUGAAAGCGGCACUCCUUUGAAGAACGUAGAACCGGGAGAGCAUGACCGCAGGAGGGACGGAAAGGUCUUGGCUCUUGCUCCUACGAGACUUCGUGGCCGUCGCGGCCAUGAAGGCGUCCCUGAGAAAGCCUCGGAAGAACCAGGCGUAUGGAGGCUUGACACCGACCUUACUCAAAUGGACGGUAUCGUUAGCCAGCCACGCCCCUCAUCACCGAGUGACAAAAGUAAAGCUCUCGAUGGUGCUACCUUACACCAUGAGGACCCCAGGGAAAGCCUGCCUGCCGGUCACUGGGAUGCUCCAGAAAGUUGGCAGGUCAAAAAGCAUGGGGAAGAUCUUUCCACACGACUCCCCCAAAUUGCGGACGAAGCCGCUCGCACUGCAUCAGAAAGCGAUGGGACAUCGUAUUUCAUCCGAAUAUUCCGAAUUGAUUCGACCUUCGCCACACUUUCUGCUGGGUUGAAUGCUACCGUUGCUGACAUUCUUCUCAUGCUUGGCCGAAAAUCCUUCCUUCAAGACCAUCUCAACAACUAUGAGAUAGUUAUGCGGAAAAACGACCUUUCUAGGCAACUUGAUCAUACGGAACGUCCAAUCCUGAUGCAGAAGGGAUUGCUUGAACAAGUUGGCUAUACCCCGAAAGACAAGAUAGAAGACAUUGGUCGGGAGGACCACAGCUACAUCUGUCGUUUUAUAUUCCUUCCCACUAAGCUCAGUGGUUAUAGUAGUCUUGAGGGCGAUCCUGGCUUCAACAAGAUGCAAAAAUUCAGUCAUGUCGACCUCCAAGGUCGAAGUCUGGUUACGAUCCCGAUUACCCUUUACAAAAAGGCAUCCGAAAUCAUAUCGCUGAAUCUAUCGAGAAAUCUGUCCCUCGAUGUACCAAAAGAUUUCAUCCAAAGCUGCAUCAAUCUGCGAGAAAUCAAGUUUUUGGGCAACGAAGCUUCAUUCCUGCCUUCUAGCUUCAGUCUGGCAAGUCGGUUGACUUAUCUGGAUGUGUCAAACAACCGAUUGGGGCAAUUGGAUCAUGUUAAUCUCGACAGACUUCAUGGUCUUGUCAGCAUCAAAAUGGCCAACAAUCAACUAACGGAAUUGCCCAGCUAUUUCGGAAACUUCCCAUAUCUGAGGAGCCUGAACAUCUCGUCAAACAGCUUCCAGAGGUUCCCCGAAUUCCUCUGCAACUUGAAGAGCUUGGUCGAUCUUGAUAUCAGUUUCAACAGUAUUUCAGAGCUCCCGAACAUCGGGAAACUGAGUACUCUUGAGCGGAUUUGGAUGACGAACAACGACAUCAGAGGACCUCUUGGCGAGACUUUCUUAAGUCUAGUGAAUCUAAAAGAGAUUGAUGCACGAUUCAACGCGAUCGUCAACAUAGACAAUCUGUCACAGCUUCCACGUCUCGAGCAGUUGCUGAUCGGCCACAAUGCAGUCUCAAAGUUUAUGGGAUCUUUCCCAAAACUGCGAACCUUGCUUCUUGACCAUUGUCCUGUCACCCAAUUCGACAUCGAUGCUCCGAUACCAACGCUCACAUCUAUCAACAUUGCAUCCGCAAAGCUUGUUCAGUUCCGGGACACGCUUUUUGAAAACGUGCCUAAUUUGACCAAACUCGUUCUCGACAAGAAUCAUUUCGUAUCGAUGUCACCACACAUUGGCAAGCUUCGCAAACUGGAACAUUUGAGCAUAAUCAAAAAUCCACUUGCUUCUCUGCCAGCGACGCUCGGAUGUCUGACGGAACUUAGAUACCUCAACCUAAGAGAGUGUAACCUUGACCGACUACCCCCUGAGAUUUGGUACUGUGUUAAGCUGGAGACUUUGAAUGUAUCAUCAAACGUGCUCAACAGUUUUCCAAAACAUGGAUGUCCUCCUCCGCACCCCCCUAGCGAAUGCGGCGCCACUCCUAUGGCAACUCCAGGAGGUUCAGCAACACCAACCUUGGAGGAAUUGGGACCUCUCGAAGACCAGGAAGUGCGUCGCCCCAGCCAGACGUCCGGUGGUGUUCUCAGUACCGGCAGCUCACCGAGCGGUGGCACAUACCGGAAGCCUUCUGUUGCAUCAUCUUUAGGCCAAGGGGGACGAAAGGUGUCGGCAACGUCAAGAGCUGCAGAGGGAAGUCCGUCCUCGCGAAAAGACUCGAACUUCUCACAACAUGUGGCUACAACCUUCGGCGGGUCGCUCAGGAAUUUACACCUAGCAGAUAAUCGACUGGAAGAUGACAUUUUCCGCGAGUUGUCGUUGAUCCCAGAAUUGCGUGUUGUCAACCUUUCUUAUAAUGAUUUGGCAGAGCUGCCUCAAGGAUUACUCAAACGCUGGCCGUUUCUUUCAGAACUGUAUCUUUCAGGAAACGAGUUGACCUCGCUUCCAUCCGAUGAUCUUGAGGAAGGCAGCAACCUUAAAGUUCUUCAUAUCAACGCCAACCGGUUCCAGGUAUUGCCCGCUGAGCUUUGCAAAGUCAGCAAACUUGCCAUUCUGGAUGUCGGGAGCAAUGCAUUGAAAUAUAACGUUUCUAAUUGGCCUUACGACUGGAACUGGAAUUGGAACCGAAACCUCAAGUACCUAAAUUUCUCCGGAAACAAACGCCUGGAGAUCAAGCCAAAUACCGCUGCGUUGGGACAAGUAGCAGCGAAUGGAACCGACCUCACCGAUUUCAAUUCUCUCACUCAUUUGCGUGUCUUAGGGUUAAUGGAUGUCACGCUCACCACCCCUACUAUUCCCGAGGAGAAUGAAGAUCGCCGUGUCAGAACAUCCGCCUCACUGGCUGGACAGCUCGCUUACGGAAUGGCUGAUUCGCUUGGUAAAAGUGAACAUCUUUCCAUUAUUGAUAUGAUUAUACCACGUCUCAAGCCGGACAACGUGGAAACCUUGAUGGGCAUGUUCGACGGGCAAACCCAGUCAACCGGUGGCUCGAGGAUUGCAAAGUUCUUACAUGAGAACUUCACGUCAACAUUCUCAGGCGAGUUGCGAAAGUUACGAGCGGAACAAAAUGAAACACCGUUGGAUGCACUGAGACGGACAUUCCUAGCGUUGAACAAAAACAUGGCUGCGGCCGCAUUCAAGUCCAUCGAUGAUAAGGAGAUCCGCCAAUAUCGUCGAGGCUCACCAGCCACGAAGCUACUCAACCAGGACGAUAUUCGGUCUGGCGGUGUUGCCACUGUUUUGUAUCUCAACAACAUGGACUUGUAUGUCGCUAAUAUUGGAAAUGCCCAAGCAAUUCUUGUGAAGUCAGAUGGCUCGCUAAGGGAAUUGACACGGAACCAUGAACCCGCCGAGCCUGAUGAAAGAGCCAGGAUUCGCGCGGCUGGUGGAUUUGUCUCCCGCCAUGGAAGACUCAAUGAUCUGCUUCCUGUGUCCAGAGCGUUUGGCCACUUCCAACUCAUGCCCGCGGUCAUUGCAGCCCCACACACCAUGCACGUCACUUUGACGGAGCAGGAUGAGAUGAUCAUCUUAGCAUCGAAGGAGUUGUGGGAUUAUGUGACACCAGAUCUGGCCGUCGACGUUACCAGAGCGGAAAGAAGAGAUCCAAUGGUGGCUGCCCAAAAGAUCCGAGACUUGGCUAUAUCUUAUGGCGCCAAUAACAAACUCAUGGUCAUGAUUCUCGGAGUCACCGAUUUGAAAAAGCGAGAGAAGUUCAAGUUCAGAGGCACGACCCUUUCAAUGGGUCCAUCCGCUUUCCCUGAAGAACAGAUCAUUCCCAGCACGAAGCGUACUAAGAAGCCACGCGAUAUGCCUGGUGAUUCGAGACUUGCCCGCUUUGAUUAUGUGGAUGCCCCCGUUGGCGAAUUGGCUAUUAUUUUCACCGACAUCAAGAAGUCCACAAGUUUGUGGGAGACUUGUCCGGAGGCGAUGCGCUCAGCUAUUCAGAUCCACAACGAUAUUCUCCGACGUCAGCUUGGAAUAAUUGGUGGCUAUGAGGUCAAGACUGAAGGUGAUGCUUUCAUGGUUGCAUUUUCGACCACGACUGCUGCUUUGCUUUGGUGUUUCAAUUGUCAAACCCAGCUGCUGGAGGCUGAAUGGCCUACUGAAGUUCUCGAGCAACCCCAGUGUCAGGUGCAGUAUGACAUGGAAAACAACAUUAUAUUCCGUGGAUUGUCUGUCCGGAUGGGUGUACAUUGGGGCGAGCCAGUUUGUGAAAAGGAUCCGGUCACCAACCGCAUGGACUACUUUGGACCCAUGGUCAACCGCGCAUCACGUAUCUCAGCCGUUGCCGAUGGAGGGCAAAUCUUUGUGUCUUCUGACUUCAUGAGCGACAUCCAGCGCAAUCUCGAAGUAUUUGCUGACAGCGAACGAGCGGCGUCCACCGGCUCAGAUGAGAGCUAUGCAAUGGGAAAUCUUGGAUACAACAUCCGUCGCGAGCUACAGCAGCUUAACAGUCAAGGGUUUGUGAUCAAGGACCAGGGCGAGCGAAAACUGAAAGGCCUGGAGAACCCGGAGCCACUUUACUUGAUAUACCCUCACUCUCUUUCUGGGCGACUGGCCUCGUUGGAACAGGCAGCGAGCGAAAACGCACCGACUACAAUCAGCAAGCAUUCCCAGCUAGAGAUUCAGACUGACCUUAUCUGGCGGCUGUGGGAGAUUUCUCUCCGCCUCGAACGGAUCUGUGCUGCGCUGCAGUAUCCGGGUGAAGCUCGACUUAAGGAGCCCAAUGUGGCCCUGUUUAAUGUUGUAAAGAAUCAUGGGGGCGAACUUGCUGAUGCUACUGUUGUCACCUUGGUGGAGCAACAGGUGACACGCAUUGAGUUAUCAAUCAACACAAUCGCGGUACGGUAUAUGAUGCGGCCGUUCAAGCCAGGCGACAAGCUCAGCGACCAUGCCGUGCCUAUGAGCGAAGUGAUGCAACAGUUGCAGACACAACUCGCUGAAUACAAGGCCCUCAAAGAGCAAAUGGCUGUCAGUGCUGCUGGCAUCACUGGCACACCAGGCAGCUUAGUAGCCGCAGACCCUCGGGACGGCGCCGAGAGUAACUCCAGUUUCACAUCUUCAUCCUUCCUAAACCUCGCUGCCCCUUCUGAAUCUUCUCAUUCAUAUGAUACUCAUACCAGCGAACUUCAUCCUUGA